AUGUCGCUCGAGCAUCAGGUUGCUCUGGCACGCACAACGAGGGGAGAGUCGUCUCAUCUUAGUAAAGCUGCCCGUCAGGUAGUGCCUCCCUUCCUUCAGAAACUUUACGAGUGCGCAGAUUUCGCCUUGACCGAGGUAUUAGGAUCGUCAACGAUCCUAGGAAUGAUGAGCUUAUCCGCUGGUCAGAAAAUGGGGAUUCGUUCUACGUACUCAGUCCUCAACCACGAACGCUUUGCGCGCGAGGUUCUCGGACGCUGGUUUAAGCACCAAAAGUUCACCUCGUUUGUGCGACAACUUAACAUGUACGGCUUCCACAAAAUCCCCCAUCUCCAACAAGGUGUCCUCAAGAGCGACACCGACACCGAGCCGUGGAACUUUGAGCACCCACAUUUCCAUCGCGGCCAGCCCGACCUCCUGUGCUUGAUACAGCGCAAGAAGCAGCCUGCGAACAAUGCAGACGAGGCCGACCUAUCCGACGCCGCGAACCCAUCAGCCUCUGUCAACGGAACCCCGGGGCAGGUCCUCGACAUCAACACCAUCGUCAAUGGCAUCGCCGCCAUCAAACGCCACCAGCAAGCUAUCUCUGCCGAUCUCAACGCGCUGAAGAAGUCGAAUGAUUUGCUCUGGGAGGAGGCAACGUUGACCCGCCAGAGGCACGACAAACAGCAGGACACUAUCAACCGCAUCCUCAAAUUUCUAGCGGGCGUGUUCGGCCAUACCUCCGAGUCGAUACACAAAACCGACGAUGGUCGUUCUCCAGGCGUUGUUCCACGUGCUCGUCAGAGACUCAUGAUCGGUGAUGGCAGGUUACCCAAGGGAAAGACUGUCGAAGUUGCUGACGUUGAUGACGAUGAUGAUGGGGACUUUAUGAAUCAGGCAGCGCCCCCGCAAGAGGGCACAAAUAGUCCGCUUGCUGGUCAAAUCUCUAGCGUCGGGUCUCCCGCUAUGUCGGCUAUGUCGCCUGCGCCCUCCACGGCGCCCUCCGAAACAUUUUCGCCCGUCUCUGCCAACUCCGUGAUCGACUCCACUCCGCCAGGGUAUACGGCCCGUCCGACGCGGCCUGCUGAGGUACUGUCAAGAACAAGCGCAGGCACCGGCUCUAACCACGGUUCCACGACAGAAAUGUCUCCGCGCACUACGCCUACCGUCAAUCGCACCCCGCCUGUCAACAACAUGCCUCGGAGUGAUGCUGCGCUGUCGCCUUCCACGAUGAUGUCAUUCGCACCCAGCACGCCCGGCCCGAACCACCUGGACGGCAUGUGGCAGGCUGCGAUUCAGCAGGUCCUGAACAACCCCGUGCAGAUGCAGCGUCUCAUGCAGGCGCUUGCCGCGACGCAGCAGAACGUGGGGCCUAUGGCUGACAAUCCUCCUGUCAACCACCAGGACACCAUGGCCCAGUUGGCACCUUACACUACCAGCGCCAACACGUACAACGACUACAACCGCUAUCGCCACGAACUGCCCGUCGCUGCCCCCAUGUCACACGCUUCCUUGCCUGUGCUCAAUCCAUCGAUGCCACACGGAGAUGAGGCCGCGCCUUUGGAACCGCUGCUGGAUAACGUCUCACGCUUGCAGAAGACUUACCGUGACACUGUAGAGAUAGAGGCGGAUAUGGAUAUGUUGCAGAACAGCUUGCACACGUUGAUCAAUGACUUGGGCAUGGAUCCGCAAGCUCUCAUGUCGCAAGCGCACGAGAAUCGCGGGGGACUACCGAUGGGUGGCUACGCCAAUGGCCACGGGCAGCCACAGAAUGGAGAGCACGCAAGUGGGCUGCCAAAUGGAAUGCGACCGAACGGGAUGCACCAGGAUGCGUCGCUUAUGCCCAACCUGGACGGACAUCGCGAGGAUCCCUCGUCGGAUCUAUUCCUCGAGACCCUGCUGAAUGGGAUGUCCGGCUCGAACGGAAAUCUCGACUUCUCGGACGUGACCGAUCACUAUGAUCCGUCGACCCGCAUCAUCGACGGAACCACUGUGGGGGACGCGUCGACCGACCAGCUCACGUCAUUCCUGGACGAGGUCUCCGAUACCGCCACUCCCGUGGCACGCUCUACUAAUAUGACGCCCCUUCCGCAGAAACGCAAGUCGGAUAUGGCAGGCCUGCGGAUACCUCCUUCAGCGCCGGAGGACCAUUCUACUGCCGCGAGCCACAGGACGAAGCGCAAGCGAUGA